CCUCGGCCCGCGGCGGUGGCGGGGAGCAGCGCGGCGCCCGGGACGGCGCUGCAGCCGCGGGGCGCGGGGGGCGCGGGGGGCGCGGGGCCCGGGCGCGAGGCGGCGCCGCCCCUGCCCGCGCUGCUCCUCGGCGCCCCGGUGCUGCUGGGCCUGGCGCUGGCCCUCGCCCUCGUGGCCCUGGUGAGCUGGAAGUGGCGGAGGCGGCGCAGGACGGCCUCCGCGGAGGCCCCCGACGGAGGCCCGGACGAGCUCCUGGAGGAUGCCCUCGUCCCCACCAAGGAAAGCCAGGCCGCCUCUGCCCCGGCCUGGCCUCCACCUGGAGAAGAGCCCGACGUCCCCGCGGCUGGCCACAGCGUCCCCGUGCCCGCCACGGAGCUGGGCUCCACGGAGCUGGUGACCACCAAGACAGCCGGCCCCGAGCAACAGUAGCCAUGGGGGCUCUGCCCUGCUCCUGGGCCUGGGAGCCUGGAUCUGUCAGCUGAACCCUGUGGAAGAAUAAGGACUAGACACCACAGGGUCCCACCAGUGACCAGUUGUUGGUGUGACCAGCUUUGCUGGCCCUUGAGCCCCGUGCUGCGUGUGCGUGUGUGCGAUGGUAGUGGGUUUGAACUCAGGGCCUUGCAUUCUUGUUCAGCUCUUUUGCUCACGGCUGGUGUUUCACCACUUCAGCAACAAACACCAGCAUUUCUGGCCUUUGUGCAGGCUGCACUGGAACUGCGGUCUUCAGAUCGCAGCCGCCUGAGUCGCUGGGAUUACAGGCGUGAGCCACCAGCACCCAGCUGCCCCCAUGCUUUUGAAUGGGCAGAUAUAUCCUUUGAAUAUCAUUUGAGUGUGUUCCCCAAGAUUUGACAUGUUCAUCAUGUCAAAUCCAUGUUGGGAUAUAUUCAGGAGGUGGAACCGUUGGGAGGUCACUAGAAUUAGACAAGAUCAAGACCAAACUCUGGUGACUUAUAAGAGACACGGUGAACACACCCUGAUUCCCUGCCGCUCGAUGUCCUGUACCCCCUCUGAACUCUGCCAGCAGGAAGGCGCUCGCUAGGUGUGGGCUCUUGAACCAAACCACCAGAACUGUGAGCUAAAUAAAUUUCUUUUCUUUAUGAA